GAGUUCAUAAACAGUCACAAAGAACCAGCCGCAAGCAUCUAUGGCAAUAUUGACAGUGGAUUGAGUUCCUACUCUCAUUUGGCUGACCCCUCCUAUCCUUCAUCUUCCUUUUCAUCUCAGCCACUAGGAGGAUAUGGAUCUUCCAGCAUAGGAGGGUACAGCAGUUUUAGAUACUAA